AUGGAGCUCUUGUCUUUCCAAUCCUUCCUCUUCUUCUUUCUUCUUUCUUCUCUCUAUGUCUACCUCCGCUUUAACACUACUUCCCCAAAGAUACCCAUCAACAAAGGCUUUAAAAUCUACCCUAUACUCGGGACACUACCCGAGUUCGUGCUGAACCGACACCGUUUCCUUGACUGGACAACCGAAAUUCUCAGCAACUACACCACAAACACCGUCGUCUUUCUGCGUCCCGGCGAGGUCCAGGGUGUCAUCACCGCCAACCCGUCCAACGUUGAGCACAUGCUCAAGACCAACUUCGAGAACUACCCUAAAGGGGACCACUUCAUAACACUUCUCGAAGACUUUCUCGGCCGAGGAAUCUUCAACUCUGACGGAAAACUCUGGAAGGUCCAAAGAAAAACCGCCAGCCACGAGUUCAACACCAAAUCGCUCCGAAACUUUGUCAUGCAAAACGUCACCGUUGAGGUCAACACGAGACUGGUUCCAAUUUUAGCAAAAGCCUCCGAAACGGCGCACGUGUUGGAUUUGCAGGACAUCCUGGAGCGCUUCGCGUUUGAUAACGUUUGCAAAUUGGCAUUCAACGUCGACCCGAGAUGUCUUGGCGGUGACGGCACUGCAGGGGCCGAGUUCAUGCAGGCUUUCGAAAACGCUGCCACGCUUAGCUCCGGGAGAUUCAUGUACGCUAUCCCAAUUUUGGGAAAGGUUAAAAGGUUUCUGAACGUUGGAUCAGAGCGAAGGCUUAAAGAAGCAAUCGGGACCGUCCACGAAUUCGCAGAUGAGAUUAUACGGUCCAGAAGGGAACAAAAGACACAAAAAGGAAAAGAAGAAGACUUGCUAUCCCGGUUUAUGGCAAACGAGGAAAGCUCACCGGAAUUUCUCCGAGAUAUCGUGAUAAGCUUCAUUCUCGCGGGACGGGACACGACCUCUUCCGCUUUGAGCUGGUUCUUUUGGCUCUUAUCGUCGAAACCGGACGUGAAGCAAAACAUAUUGAAGGAGCUGGAAAACAUCCGAGUCCGUCGUAAUAGGAAAAAUAUCAGCGAUGCGUUUACUUUUGACGAGCUCCGAGACAUGCAUUAUCUGCAUGCGGCGAUCUCGGAGGCGCUAAGGCUGUACCCGCCGGUACCGGUGGAUAGCAAAGCGUGCCUGAAGGACGAUAUAAUGCCGGACGGAACGUUUGUGGCGAAGGGUUGGCUGGUGACGUACCACACGUAUGCCAUGGGGAGGAUGGAGAACAUCUGGGGGAAGAAUUGCCGUGAGUUUUUGCCAGAAAGAUGGCUGGAAAAUGGAGUGUGUCGGCAAGAGAGCCCGUUUCGGUUUCCGGUUUUCCAUGCCGGGCCAAGAAUUUGUCUGGGGAAAGACAUGGCGUAUAUUCAGAUGAAGUCGAUUGCAGCGUCAGUGAUGGAGAGGUUUGAGAUUGACAUGGAGAAUAAGGAUAAGGGCCCAGAGCACUUGUUAUCUUUGACUCUGAGGAUGAAGGGUGGGUUACCCGUGAAGGUGACAAAAAGAUGUGUGGAUGCCACUAAUUAAUCUACAAGUUCUUUUUUUUUUUUUUUUUUGUUCAAAAUAAUAUAGAAGUGAUCGAUGCAG